GGGAGAGCCGCGGCUUUAUUAAUUUCGUGACACACAAGGGCUGCUCGGGGAGGUGAGCACGGAUCGCUUCCGGAGAGCCCGACCGCGGGGAGAGAGGAGCGAUAAUAAAAGCUUCAUCUGGCCGCGGCCGCAGCCGGGGUGUCAUAAACACCGCCGCGCAGAGCGGUGCGUGGGGCAGAGCGGAGAGAGCCGGGAGCCGCCGCCUGCCCCGCUCCGGCCCUGCCCCGCCGCGCCGCUCCGCACGUGUGCGUGUGGCUGGAAAUCCAUAUCGCACAUUAAUAUCCAUCCAUAUCCCAAAUUCAGAGGUCGACCUGAGAGCAAGCUCGGUGCAUACGAAACCAGACGGGGAGGGGUUGCUUGGGAGGCCCGGGCUUCCAUUGGCUGCAAGCGUUCGCCGCGGUGCGGGGGUAUCUCUAAUCAUAUUCAGCAUGUUUUGCACAAGAAAUGUCAGCCAGGAAGGGCUAUCCGCUCCCUUCGCCAAAUUAUUCCACGACAAUGUCAUGCUCCGAGAGCCCGGCUGCAAACUCUUUCCUGGUGGACUCGUUGAUCAGCGCGGGCAGAGGGGACGCGGCGGGAGCAGGAGGCGGAGGCGGAGGAGGAGGCGGCUACUACCCGGGCAGCGGGCUCUACCUGCCACAGGCGUCCGAGCUGUCCUACGGGCUGCAGGGCUGCGGACUGUUCCCCGUCCUGGGCAAACGCAAUGAAGGUACUUCGCAAAGCAUGGUCCCCAGCACGCACCCCUACGUGUCGGGGAUGGAAGUGUGGCUAGACCCGCCCCGCUCCUGUCGCAUGGAAGAGCCGGAGAGCCAGCAGGCCACCUCGUGCUCCUUCGCUCAAAACAUUAAGGAGGAGAGCUCCUACUGCCUCUAUGACUCAGAGAAAUGCCCCAAGGGCUCGGCCGCCGCCGACCUCGCUCCCUUCCCGCGGCUGAGCGCCGAGGUCAGCCCCUCCGCCAACGGCACCGGGGUGCCGGUCCCGGGCUACUUCCGCCUCUCCCAGGCUUACGGCACCUCCAAGGGCUACGGCGCGGGGCCGGCCGGGGCGGCCCCCUUCGCUCCGCAGCCCCCCGGCCGCUUCCAGCCGCCGCCGUCGGGGCCGCCCGUGCCGGAGGCGGGCAGGAGGGAGGACGAGGAGCGCUCCCCCAGCCCCUCGGCGUGCGGCUCCCAGCGGGAGGACGAGACCCGCGCUUCGUCGUCUACCGCCGAGGAGCUCUCCCCCGCGCCGUCGGAGGGCAGCAAGGCCUCUCCCGAGAAGGAGUCCGUAGGCAAUUCAAAAGGAGAAAAUGCAGCAAACUGGCUAACCGCAAAAAGUGGCCGAAAGAAACGGUGCCCCUAUACCAAGCAUCAAACUCUCGAGCUGGAAAAGGAGUUUCUGUUCAAUAUGUACCUGACUCGUGAGCGUCGCCUAGAGAUCAGCCGCACAGUCCAUCUCACAGACAGACAAGUUAAAAUCUGGUUUCAAAACCGCAGAAUGAAACUGAAGAAAAUGAACAGAGAGAAUAGGAUUCGGGAGCUCACAGCCAACUUUAAUUUCUCUUGAUGAACCUAUAAACACAUCUUUAUGGUUUAAAGAGCCAGUAUCAUUUUCCUAGGCUGUAGUCAUCCGCACCUGUAUGGAUUAACGAUUUUAGACGUUCUCAGUAUGUCCUUAAAGUCUUAAUGGCUGCUUCGGGGCUGCGGGGGGAGCGGAAGAAAGCCAUGCUAACGCUGAGGGCCAUGUGUGAGCCUCCUCGGUUCCUGCAGCCUUCCCCGGGCCCGCUUUGCUCUUUCAAACUUUGAAAGCCCAGAAAUAGGAUUUCAGGAGCUGCAAACAUUACCCCCCCCCUCCCCCCUUCUCCCAACCCCAUGUCUCUCCGAAAAGUAAAGGCGCAUUCUUUUAAAAUAUAGGCGGUGUAACUCGGACUGUAAGUAGCUUCGGAAUGAAUUAUUUAAGCCGUGCCAUAUUUCUAUAUAUUGGGAGCUCAGCUUUUUCUCCCUCUGUUUUCCCUGUCUCCCCCCUCCCCCUUUAUCCUUCCCAAAGCAGGACUUGCAAUAAUGAAAUGCAGGCAUCCUUUAAAAGGACUUCAUGGGAACUAGCGUUAAGAGCAAUUUUUUGUUCUUUACCUUGAAAGUCAAUAUUACGGCUUUGAAAUUGGCCAGGAAAAUGAAAUCUCUUCUCUUUAAAGAUAUUAAAAAAAAAAGUUCGUCUCGCUCAUGGACUAAAUUAUGACACUUACCUCUGAAUUUCUCUCUCUCUUUCUGGUUGUAGAUAUUUACGUAACGUAGUUUUGCUUAAAGAUGUGGAAUUAGUGAUUUUUUUUUUUUUUUUU